UGGCACUGCCCACACCAGCCCAGCAGCCGUAUCUCUCCCCUGCUCUCAUUGUCCUACCUCUCAAAGGCCACCAGCAGGAUAUCUGACUGACAUAUAGAGUGUAAAUGGUUGUUUCAAGGCAAUGAGAAAUAGAUUGAGCAUAUACCGAUGGAGUCACUAAGACGAUGUCUGCUGCUAGGGUUAUGAUGAUAGAAGGAUAAACACAGAUCAACCACUAAUCUGAAUAUUGGAUGAGACGUGUCCCACUCAGUGUCUAUGGUCAACCCUCUACGGACACGCUGGAGAAAGAAUCGGCUUUGGCAAAUCAGACAGAGGAAAUGCACAAGAGAAGAGACAUCCUUGCGCUCAUAUUGAUCGUGUUACCCUGGACUUUGCUCAUCUCAAUUUGGCAUCAACAUGCUGUCAAUCCUUUGCUUCCAGCUCAGAGGGAUGACAGGUCAGGGGUUAGCAAAGCUCACAGAAGAGGCUUCAGACUCCAAGAAUCCUGCAUCACGGAAAACACGCAAAUCACAGAGGUCACCCGGACGAGGUACAUCUACAGCCGACUCCCGACUUGGUCUGACACACUACCCACUCUUCACAUUAUAACUCCAACCUACAGUAGGCCUGUCCAGAAGGCGGAGUUGACCCGCCUCGCUAACACCCUCCUACACGUCCCCAACCUUCAUUGGUUGGUGGUGGAGGACUCAGCGCGGAAAACACCACUCGUGUCCAGACUGCUGGAGAACACGGGUUUGAAUUACACCCACUUGAACAUAGAGACUCCCCGAAACCUCAAGGUGCGAAUGAAACCCAAAAAUUCACAGAUCCCUCGUGGCACCAUGCAGAGGAAUCUGGCCCUCCGCUGGCUGAGGAGAAACAUCAACCGCAACUCUGGUCACAAAGGAAUCGUCUAUUUUGCAGAUGAUGACAAUACCUACAGCCUGGAGCUGUUUGAAGAGAUGCGUUGGACUCAUAGAGCAUCUGUCUGGCCAGUCGCCUUUGUCGGAGGUCUUCGAUUUGAAUCGCCCAAAAUCAACUCUCUUGGCAAAGUGUCCGGCUGGAGGACGGUGUUUGACCCUCAUCGACCUUUUGCCAUCGAUAUGGCAGGGUUUGCUGUGAACCUCCAGCUCAUCCUCAGUAAACCUGAGGCCUACUUUAAGCUCUGGGGGAUAAAGGGCGGAUACCAGGAGAGCAGUCUGUUACAGGAUCUGGUGACCCUUAGUGACCUGGAACCCAAAGCUGCCAACUGCACAAAGGUGCUGGUCUGGCACACGCGAACGGAAAGACCUGUGCUUGUGAAUGAAGGAAAAAAGGGAUUUACGGAUGUCAGCGUGGAAAUAUGAUGAACUGCAACCAUGCUGUAUUAUUUUUUUAACAGUAUUACAAGUUGAACAAUGCUGAAAAUGUCAUUGUUCACUGCACUGAAUGUGAACUUCACCUCAUCUGAGACACACUGGAGUAUUCAACCAACAAACAACAAAGAGCAAUUCUCCAUUUGUAUCCUUUUAUACAAUGAAUGUUUUCCCUCUGAGACAAAAAAAAAAAAAAAAAAUCUGCAUCCUUAAAAAGGAUUAAAAGGAAAUUAAAAAGGAAAGAGUGAAACUGUCUCGUGCUGCACAACAUGUCUGUAUUUUAAUCCAGAUAAAUUCUCUGGAAAGCUUUUGCCCUAAUAGCUUUACAAUGCUGAUUUAAAUUGGAGUUCAGAUAAAAAUAUUUAUUUCACUGUCCAGGUCUUACUGUUUUGUCUUAUUAAACAAACAAAAGCAUAAAACUUGCCCAUGCAAAACUCAUUACCAUGAUGCCAGGGCAUUGCUAUGUGGUUGCUAAGAUGUUCUGAGUGGCUGUUAGUACAUUGCUUUACAGUUGCUAAAGUGUGGAUCACGUGACGCCAUGCUAGAAGCAGACGUAUGAAUCACGAGCUCUGCGCACUUUGCUGUUUUUUUUUAUUAUUUUCAUGUUAUAAUCCAGUGAGAUUCGAUACACCCAGUUACAUAUUUGUUCUUUGAGGUAAACAUGGCAAAGAAGUCAAAAUUCUCGGGCUCUGGAGACAUUAAAAGACACUUAUGUGCUCAAGAUGAAACCUCUGGGCCUGCAGACCGGGGACUCGAUUUGGAAAGUACGAUAGGAGAAGAAACGAUAGGAGAAGAAAUUCAGCGUCAACUGUCCAACAUCUCGGUGAUGCUGACUAAGGUUGUUGCUGACUUGGAGGAUCUCGCUGUAAUACGUCAAUCGAUUACAGCAAUGGAAACUAAAUUCUCUGAGUUGGUUACAAGAUUGGGAGAUGUUGAGAAACGGACCGAUUAUCUGGAGUCACUGGAAAGGGAAUUAUCCUUUAAUUCGCCUGCGACCAAAAUAGUCGUGGAAAAUUUUUUGGAAAAACUGGAAGAUUUGGAAAAUAGGAGCCGAAGGAAUAACAUACGGUUUGUUGGAAUUCCUGAGCAUGAAGAAGGCAGAGAUAUGGUGAAAUUCCUUGACAAGCUCUUCCUGAGUCUGCUCGACAUAACAGGCCAUAAACUGGAAAUCGAGCAGGCUCACAGAGUCCCGGCUCACAGAUCUGCUGAUGGAGACAGGCCCCAAUUAAUUCUGGCCAAAUUUCUGAGAUCAUCCGAUAGAGAUCUCGUGUUGCGCGAGGCGAGGAGCAAAGGAAAUCGUUCUUGGAAGAAUCACAAUGUUUUCUUGUUCCUGGACUUUGCGAAUUUGACAAGAGAGAAACAUGAUCGAUUCAAGGAAUGUAAGAAACACUUACAUCAACGGAAGAUCGCUUUUGCACUGAUGUUUCCGGCCAGACUGAGAAUAGAAAUGAAGGAUGGUCGCAGGGUAUUUACAUGUCCCAAGCAAGCACUGUCUUUUAUAAAAACAAUGGGUGAGUAAGCCAUUUGGGGUUUUUCAUGUAGCUCCAGAGUGGAUUAACUCGCUGUAUUUACUCUGGCUGUCCGAGGAAGCUGGGCGCCAUUUUUGUUUCUUUUUGCGUUGGUUCCGCCUAGCGGCUGGAGUUUAUUUUGUGGAAUUACACUGCUUCAGGACAGUUGUGGAUGAAUCUGUUGGUUCUAUGUGCUUAUGCCUCCUGUUGGCUGGAGUUUGUUUUUGUGGAGUAUUUUUAAGGGACAGUAGAAUGAUUACGUCAUCUGCUGAACUCAUAACAGCCAGCUCACUGAACAAUUGUUUGUCUGUCCGAGGAAACUGAAUGGCUUUAUAUCGGCUGGAAUUUGUUUUGUGGAGGAACACACCUUCAAGGCAGUUCUGUGAAUGAAUCUACAUGUUCUUUGUGUUUAUGCUGCCUAUUGGCUGGUGUCUGUUUUACAAAGGAUAUUCUGUUAUGUAAUUCUGCCUCACAAAAUUUGUGUAGAAGCACCGGACUUGAAUAAUCCGAUGGCAAAAUUGUUGCGUGUAGGCGUACACGGACUCUUUGAAUUUAGAGGGAUUGACGCCGGUUGGUGCUGUCGUGCGCGGGGUUAAUGCGCACGUUUAUCUUUUUCCUGUUUGUUUUGUUCCGGGGGAAGUUCAGGGUUUGAUUGCUGCAAUAAUGGUGGAAUGUGGUCUGUAUAAUCUUGUUUUUGACACACAUUUUUUUCUGUCAUAUCAAAAUGUCAAAUGUUAAUAUGAGUGGGUUAUCUCUCUCCACAUGGAAUGUGAAUGGGUUGGGGCACCCCAUAAAAAGAAGGAAAGUUAUUUCUUUUCUUAAGUGUAAAAAAUAUGAUAUAGUGUUUCUUCAAGAAAAGCAUCUUUCCCCACAGGAAGCUGAAAAAAUUGGGAAGUUAUGGGGUGGACAUGUUUUCUUUAGUGCUGGCUCAAGUAAGAGCAAGGGAGUUAUUGUAUUGAUUAAUAAAUAUCUACAAUUCAAAUUUCUCAAACAGAUUAAAGAUAAAUUAGGAAGAGUCAUUAUUGUCUUAGCAGAAAUUCAGGGGCAAAGGUUGGUUUUGGCUAAUAUUUAUGUGCCUAACGUUGAUGAUCAGGGCUUUUUUAUAGAUCUUAAAGGGAUGUUGCAAGCUGCUGGCACCCCUCAUGAUAUAAUAUUGGGAGGAGACUUUAAUCUAUUGAUGGACUCAAAAGUGAAGCAAAAGUGUGUAAGCCCCCUAGAGCAACACUGAGGCUUCACAGGAUGUGUAAAAAUCUUGGACUUGCAGACCAUCUGGUAAAGACUAUACAUUUUUUUCAUCAGUCCAUAAGAUUUAUUCUGGAAUAGAUUUUUUUUUUUUUAAUAUCUAAGUCCCUCAUUUAAUCUGUUAUUGAUUGCUCAAUUGGAAACAUCUUAGUCUCAGAUCACGCCCUGGUGAGAUUGGAGGUGUUGCCACAUAUGGAGAAAAAGAAAUCAUACAGCUGGCGCUUUAAUGUAUCCCUUUUGCAAAAUCCUGAUUUCCAACAAAUGUUAAAGACCGAAAUCAGUGUUUAUAUGGAGACCAACUGGUCCUCAGUAUCCUCUGUGGGCGUGGCUUGGGAGGCGUUUAAGGCAGUUCUUAGGGGUCAAAUCAUACAGUAUGCCUCAUUCACCAAAAAUCCAAAGCACGAGAACUCGUGGAGUUGGAAGAGAAUAUUAAAAGUGCAGAGGCAUAGCUAAAGCGCCAAAUGUCGUCUGAUGGCCUCAGAGAAUUGACCCGAUUGAAAUACAGAUAUAAUACUAUUUUGUUGCGAAAAGUGGAGUUUUGGUUGUUCAGGGCAAGGCAGUCAUACUUUGAGUCGGGGGACAAAGCAGGGAAGCUUUUGGCUAGAUAUAUAAAGCAGAGAGAGUCUUUUUCUACCAUUUCCUCACCCAUUGAUAUUAAUAAUGCCUUUAAAGUGUUCUAUCUUGAUCUUUAUAGUUCCACAUCUUCAUCUACUGAUGAAGAUAUUAGAAACUUUGUGGAACCAUUAGAACUCCCUAAAUUGACGACUGAGUAAAAAAAUUAUCUUGAAUCUGAGAUAGCCUUGGAGUCAAGGCUACUGGCAAGGCUCCGGGGCCAGAUGGCUUUGCCGCUGAAUUUUUUAGAUCUUAUGCUACAGAAUUGGCUCCACUUUUGUUAGAAGUUUAUACAGAGUCAUUAAAGAAUGGAAAGCUUCCCCCAACCAUGACACAAACCCGGAUCAGUCUGAUUCUUAAAAAGGACAAAGAUCCAAGCGAGUGUAAAAGUUACCAUCCAAUUUCCCUGAUCCAACUAGAUGUAAAACAUUUUGGCAAACAUUCUGGCUAACCGAUUAAGUUAUGACAUCUCUUAUACAUGUAGAUCAGGUGGGGUUUAUUAGGGGCCACAGCAUUUCUGACAACAUUAAGUGUCUCAUUAAUAUUAUGUGGUCAGUGGCGAAUGAUCAGACUCCGGUCGCUGCCAUCUCACUUGACGCCGAAAAGGCGUUUGAUAUGGUAGAAUGGGAUUAUCUUUUUAAGAUGCUCGAAAUAUACGGGUUCGGAAAUACUUUUAUCAGAUGGAUUAAGUUACUUUAUAGACACCCUGUAGCGGCGGUACAAACAAAUGGAUUAAUUUCAGAUUAUUUUACUCUGAAUAGGGGCACUCGGCAGGGUUGCCCUCUUUCCCCAUUAUUGUUCUGUCUUGCCCUGGAACCAUUAGCAGCCACGAUAAGAAAGGAGGAUGAUUUUCCAGGGGUGACGGCGGGAGGCGUGGCGCAUAAGCUUUUACAUUACGCAGAUGAUAUUUUAUUAUUCGUCUCUGACCCCACUAGAUCUAUGCCUUGCCUCCACAGAAUUAUUAAUUCCUUUUCUAAAUUUUCGGGGUACAGAGUUAAUUGGUCUAAAUCCAAAGCUUUAGCUCUGACUGCGUACUGCCCAGUAAUGGCUUUUCAACCGGGCACCUUUCAAUGGCCCAGACAGGGCAUUAAGUAUUUGGGCAUUUUAUUCCCAGCAACAUUAUGUGAUUUAGUCAGUUAAUUUUGACUCUUUAAUAAAAAGAUUUUCGAGUGAUGUGAGUAGGUGGGCUUCAUUAUUAUGAGAGCUCAGUAUUAUUAUCGAUGAUUGGGAAGGUUAAUGUUAUUAAAAUGAAUUGUAUUCCAAAAUUCAACUACCUACUACAAUCUUUCAUUGUAGAUGUCCCCCUCUCUUAUUUCAAGCAAUUUGAUAGCAUAGCGAAGUCCUUCAUUUGGAAUGGAAAGCAUCCCAGGUUACAUUAUCAACAAGUUACAUAGACUGAUUGACAAAGGUGGGCUAGGCCUACUCAAGAUUUUGUUUUAUUAUUAUGCAUUCGGUCUCAGACAUUUAGCUCAUUGGUCACUUCCACCUGAGAGAGCCCCUCACUGGUUUGGAAUUGAACAGAAAGUUAUUGCCCCUAUUUUACUAUUACAAAACCCUUCUAUUAAACUAAUUGGAGAAGUUAAGUCGCACCACGUUAUCUCGCAUCUGCACGUGCUAUGGACAAAAGUGUCCAAAGUGUUUAAUUCAGACAUUUAUUUAAAUGUUGCCUCGAGCAUAUGGCUAAACCCAAAGUUGCGUAUUGGUGAGUCCCCUUCCUGCUGGACGAAGUGGAUUGAGAGGGGUGUUAAUACACUCGGUGUCCUAUAUGAGAGUGGUGGGUUGAGAUCAUUUGAAAAUUUGGUCCAACAUUUCAGGAUUCCUAGAUCUCAGUUCUCAGGUACUUACAGCUGUGCCACCUGCUCUGUACUAUUUUUGGGAGUAGCAUACACCCCCCUAAAAUGGCAGAUACUCUAGAAGUGGUGAUAACUGCUUUUGGAAAAGGUCAUGAGGCAUCAGUGUAUUACUCGCUGUUAAUUCAGAGUCUGGGGGAUGGAGCUUCAACUUCUCUCAAGAGAUUAUGGGAGAGAGAUUUAAAUUUGGUAUUGGAGGAGGGAGUGUGGGCUAAGAUUCUAAAAAAUGUCAAGUCUACAUCUAGAGAUUCAAGGGUGCAUCUGAUGCAAUUUAAGAUUUUGAAUCGUUUAUAUUGGACCACCUCUAGAUUGUAUAGACUUGGUCUUAAAGACACACCCACCUGCUGGUGAUGCCAAUCAGAAGACGGGGACACAACCCAUGUUUUUUGGGGAUGUGUUAAAAUACAGGAAUUUUGGUUGAAGGUUCAGGGAUUUAUGUGUGGUGUGUUAGACACACAGUUUUCAUUUUGCCCCAGACUCUGCAUUUUGGAUGAUGGGGAGGUCAUUAAUUUUGGGGAUAGCCACUUGAGAGGUUGGGUCCUGGCCGGAGUUAUGGUGGCCAGGAGAAUAAUACUCAGGGGGUGGAAGACGGCUGGGGCACCCUCAUUUCGGGAGUGGUGCGGGGAGAUGAGUGAGGUUGUGACAUUUGAGGAGGCGAUCUACAGAAGGUUGGGAAAGUGGGAUUUGUUUAAUAGGAAGUGGGGUGGAUAGUUUGAUUUUUUGGAGGGUUCUCGGGGAGGGGCAGUGGAGAAGGAUUUUUGAUUUUGAAUUUUUAGCUUGAUGUGUAUUUGCAUUGUAUUUGUUUUUUGAAAGUAUUAUUUUUUUUUUUAGUUUGUUUCUAAUUUUUUGUUAUAAUUGUAAGAGACCACUGUAAUGCGUGUU